AUGCCACCAAAGUGGAACAUCGAAAAUGACGGCAGAAUCCUCCUCGGGGUUGUGAGCCAACUGAAGGAUCUGAACGUCACCCUCGACAUGGACAAGGUUGCCAGCUUUAUCGGACCCGAAUUUACAGCCAACUCUGUGAGAUAUCGUAUCUCUCGCCUCAAGAAGCAGGCGGAAGAAGGGCUCGCGGAGAACGACCAUACUCCUACCAAUACACCCCAAAAGCGAAAGCUUGGUCCUCGCACCCCCGCAAAGAAGAGACAGAAGAACAUUACCGAUGAGGAAGGGAACAGCAUGGAUGCUUCUUCGGCAGACAUGUCUCAUGUUGUUAUUGCCGUGGAUAAAGAAGAGGAGUUCACAGACGUUAAAGAUGAGAAAGUCAAGACCGAGAACAAAGUUGAAAUCAUCUAUGACUCAGAUGGAAUCAAAGAGCUUGGCAUAAAGGGAGAGAAGGAGGAUACCAAGCAGGGUAUCAAGGCUGAAAGCGACGACGACUUUUAUGUAGUUUAG